GACGGCUGUGUCAGUGUCAAAAAUCAAUAUAUUCACGCACACAUAGAACGACGUACCGGCGCGAAAUUAACUGAUCGCUGAAAAACGUUAAAAACCGCGUAAAAAAAUAUUUUAGUAAUUCAAGAAAACAGUUUCAUUUUAAAAUGAUUGGCAUAGGGACAAUAUUAAGAAAAUGCUAUCAGUUAAAAACACAAAUGUUUGUGAGGCGUUAUGUUCGCGAGUUGGAGUAUCCUGGGCUAGUAUACCUGGACCUGAACACUUAAUAUUUUAGAACUAUUUACAUUAAUUAAGAAAGGAGCUGCCACAAUAGUGCUUUAAAUGUUACAUUUAAUUAAAUAAUAUUGGAGAACAUACUAAUAGAAACUACAGAUGUGCGGAAGCGAGGAAGAAAUGCGUGAAGUGGCUGGAAGGAUCUGUCGGAACUACCUCCACGGCGCCUGGAAGACUGUAGAUCCCAGAGACCUAGACUUCAAAAGGAUUAGCGGAGGCCUGUCCAACUUCUUAUACUACGUCGCUUUGCCGGAGUCGCGGGCCUCGUAUCGCGACGCGCCGCAAGACCGCAUCAAGACGCUCAGCGAACACUCUUUUUCGCUUGACGAGCCCAAAAAGGUGUUGCUGCGUAUUUACGGCCAGGUGCACGGCGAGCGAGCGAUGGAUGCGAUCGUAACCGAAUCGGUGAUAUUCACUUUGUUGUCCGAGCGACGUCUCGGACCCAAACUGCACGGGGUGUUCUCAGGGGGACGCAUCGAGGCAUAUAUUCCGGCGCGAUCUCUCCUCACUAAGGAGCUAUCGGAGCCAGCCCUAUCCAUGAAGAUAGCGGAGAAGAUGGCGGCCAUACACUGCAUGGAGGUCCCGCUGUCGAAGGAACCCAACUGGCUGUGGAAGACCAUGUCUAAGUGGCUGCGGACCGCUAGAGAGGAACGGUUCACGGUGCACGAUCUGAAAGGCGAGGAACGCAAAAUUAUGGAGCGACUCCGCGCAGUCGAGUGGGACGCGGAAAUCGAGUGGGUGCGGAAGCUGACCGACACCGUCAACUCUCCCGUCGUCUUCUGCCACAACGACAUGCAAGAGGGAAACGUGCUUCUGGUCGAAGAAGAGACGAGCGCGGAAGAAGAGGAAGGAGUGCUAGUGCAGACCUAUCCCCUGGAAGAUUCGAGCGACUCUGUGUCUUCGAGCCUGUCGGACCUCGGCGAGCCGCGGCUGAUGCUCAUCGACUUCGAGUACUGCGCCUACAACCAUCGCGCCUUCGACAUCGCCAACCACUUCCAGGAGUGGAGCUACGACUACAGCAACUCCCAGCAUCCCUUCUACUUCGAGUAUCUGGACCAGGAACCCACGCUCGAGCAGAAGGAGAUCUUCAUAAAGGAGUACCUGAAGGCCUACCGCGGCGGGUGCGCGCGGGCCGGCGGGGGCCCGGAGGCGGAGGCGCCGUCCGUGGCUGACGUCAACCAGCUGCUGGGCGAGGUGGACGCCUUUCAACCCGUGAGCGACCUCUUCUGGAGUCUCUGGUCGAUCGUCAACGCCUCCAAGAGCCAGAUACCGUUCGGGUACUGGGAGUUCGCCCUGUCUCGUCUGGAGACCUACAUGCGGCUGAAGCGGGAGCUGAUCAAAAAGGAGAAGUGCGGUCUCCCUCACAAGAGGAAAAUCUGCGAGGUGGACAUAUGAACCGGCGCCGGAGACACCUGACACGCGGUCGUGUCCACCUGAAGGUUCUCAGCGAGACGUUCUUUUAAGCAUAUUAUUAUUUAGAGCGAGACGCCCCUCCGCCGGCAGAUUCCUAUUUAGUCAUACGACAGAUCGAUCCCGAAUAGAAAAUGCACAAAUAAAUAUCGUAAAUUAAAAAAAAAUAUGACCGAGACCUCGCCCCGAUAGAUGUAAAUAUUGUAGAUGUCUUAUUGUCGUGUACAUAUUUUGGAUGACGCGGUCUCUUGGCGUCUCUUUCUCCGCAAUCGCGUUCGUGCAUAUAAAAAAGAGCCAGUCGGUGGGAACCGGUAAGAAAUAAUUGUAAAAAGACUGAUCGAGACGGUAACUUUCUUUUCUCCGGUUCGUUUGCUCGACGACGUAGAAUAGAAUUGAAUAAAUGUUAAUUCCUCGUCGAACAAAUAAACUAAAAAAAAGUAUUGGUAUAAGUUGUAAAUAAAUUAUUCCUGAACGUAUCGUGUGACGUCACUCACUCGGGGCGUGUCGGCCGAUACGAAAUUGGGAAAAUCGAUUUAUUCAUUAAACUUUGUCAAAGCGUCAAUCGUCGCCGCUAGAUGUCGCAUUUUCAAAUCGAAAAACACUAGUGUAGUAAGAGAUAUUACAAUUAUUUAACGAAAUAUUUUAUUCUUCGCUUGAAAUUAAUGAAGUUUUGACAAGUUGUCGAUGUAUAUUGUAUACGUAUAUAUAUAUACAUAUAGAAGUCGGAGGCGAGAGGGAUUUGACUGAUGUGCGAGCGGACCGCAUUCCGGACAGUUUGGGUCCAAAGCAGUUCGCUAACUCGAACCUGAGACGCACUUAACUCACAUGGGGCUCUUCUGUGUGCUUCAGGGCAGCCAAGUCGUUGCUCAACGACACGCCCUCCCGAGUUUAAAGUCAGUUCCUGUGUGACUGAUCCUUUUCAAUAUUUCAGAAAACAGUCGAGCCAAACCAUUCUAGACGUAUAAAUUGUUUAUCUGACAUACCUGUAAAUAAAUUAUAUCGACUCGUUAACGCUGUUAAAAUGAAGUAUUAUCCAGUAUAAUAAAGCUAAUAUUCCGCUUAAGCGUUUUGCCUUUUCUUUGUAUAAUCGUUUAUAUAAAACAAGAUGUAUCCAAAGAGAACGUUAGUUGUUCGAACCGAAUAGGUAAUAUGUUGUAGGUGUAAUAUCGGAUCUUGAAUGUUUUACUUUCAUAUAAUUGAACCUCGCCCUGCUUUCCCAAGAACCACAACUAGAUUAAUUUUGAGUACUUAUAUAAUACAACAGAUUUUUUAAUUGUUUAAUUUAUUAUUUAUUAAAUGUAUAUAAUGCGGAUGAUAAUUAUUGCGAUGUAAGUUUUAGCGACGUCAUUAAUCGGUACUUAAUCACGAGUUUGAAUGGUAAUGUAAAAUUAUCUCAAUCCUAAAUUUCGAAAUAUAGACUCGUUCCUAUAGAAAAUAGGCCACUCGCCGAACAGUGCUUUAGUUGUCCUCGUUUACCGAGGUCUUGAUAAUUACGUUGGUAAUUACUUGAAAAAAAUAUUUCUGACGCACAGUCCAAAAAGCUAACAUGAAAUAAUAUGUAUACAAACAUAGCUUUUUUGUCAUUUCAAGGUUUUCUGUGAUUUCGAUUUUAUUUAAUUAUAUUAAUCUGUUAUGUUUUGAUAAAUUGUGACGGUACAAAGUGAGAAUAUUGAUAGACAUACUGCGUACUACUAUUGUGAUGUAUGAGGGACAUUUUGUAAUUAGUGCUGGAUUUUAAUAAAAUGUUUCAAAUAUU